AUGAGUUCUGGCAAGGAGACUGCUGUUUUGCCCGUUCCUAGUUUGCCCUUGAAUACCAAGACGUAUUCCGUGGACACUGUCUCGUAUUGCUCGAAGGCGUUGGAAACUCCGUCACAACCAGCAAAAUCGGAGAGGAGAUCUUUAAAAUGCCUCUGGGGGGUGCUUGGUAGGGUUGAAGUCCAGAUCGAAAUCCACGGGCUCGGAAAUGAUGUCGACUUGGCCACGUUUCGAUGGAGGAAAGCGGGACAUGCGGGCUUGCGAUCUCGCUCACAACUUAGAUACUUGGUUGCAGGUAAUCUUGCUUCGGAGAUGCCGUUCAACCCCUUUCUGGAGCUUGAGGUCCAGAAUCUUCCUGAGCUCGUCGACAGUGAGGUUUCGAAAGUGAACGAUUCCAGGGAGCGACGACCUGGUCCUAGAUUUGUGUUUGAGAACACAUUCUUCAUCUUGUAUACUCGAGGAGAAUCACACAGCGAUCUUCACCUAGUGUAUUCUGUAUCCCAGACACCAUCGCCUACAUCUGAGCCUCUACCUAUUGCACUUGAAGCACAGUUUUUUAGUUUACUCCUCAAAGCUCUAGGAAUGGACCUGAUGAAGUUUGUAGCCGAUGUGAUGACAUCCUCACUAGAAAGGAGUCUAAUGUUUGCUGAACUUUUACCAUGUAGCCUUGCAACCACCUUCUUGCCUAGCUCCGUUAAUCAUCACUUUAAGUUCAUAUUUGACGGCUAUAAGGCUGAUUCUUAUGGGCAGGCUCGCAACCAGUCGUUGGAUCUACCUAUGAUUUUCCGUUCUUGUGAAGACACAAAGAGUAGCGGUGAGAAACUUUGGCCGUCUUGCCCUCUAUCGUGUAGUGCGACGGAUGAAAGCUCGCGUGUAUGGGUCAUCAAGGCGCUCUCAGCCUUCAAUCUUGACCUAUAUUUCUAUUUUGCUGUGCAUGCUGGGGUCAUGAUUGAAGAAUAUCUCUGUCCCUUUCUCAUGGUCCAUGAAAUGACUAACGGAGCGACUACACACCCCUUUAGCUUACUUGGUAAUGAGCUCAGCAAAGCAUUUUGCGCCGGCACGAGCAGCUGUACUCUUGCCUGUAAUUCAAAGUCAGCUCUUGACCUUGAAACAUGCACAACGCAGGUAUCAGGCUUAUCCCUAUCUCAAGGAGUUGCUAGAUGGCCUCCGGCCUAUGCAUACGCAUAUGCGGUCUGUGUUCUUCGAAUAGGGUUCUGGUAUUCGCCAUCGGCAGGGUCACUGGUUGGCAGGAUCAUCGAUAUCGAAAUUGGAAAUGACACAGCUAUCAAUAUAUCGGUCAGGAAAUCUACCAACUCUAUGAGAUCGGUCGAAGCGCCAGACCUUGACUCUCACAAAAUGCACGCACUUGUUCUAGCAUUGAAACCUGGUGUUGGUAGUCCGUCCGGUGAAGUUGUGGCCGAGCAGGUGGAUUCCGAAGAUCUUAGUAUUCCAGGACCGACCUCUUUUUUUCUGAAUCGUGCUCGUAUUAUCGGACGAUUUGCGAAUCAGCCAUGUAGCUUGUAUAUAUGCUGUGAAGCUGCGGACUUCGCAUGUUACGAUUCCUAUUUGAGGAGAAGCCUGCCUGAUUAUGGGAUUAUCAUUUGUUGGUUUCUAUUCGACUACUCUCCUUAUGGCCAUUAA